UUAACGAGGAAAUCGCGCCGCCGUCGCGUAUACGCACGCUCUGCCAUCGCCCUCUCCGGCGCGCCGCCGUCUCCACGAACGCGCCGCCGUCGCCCUCCCUGGUGCUUGCCCCAGGAAUUGCAGCGCCGUCGCCUCCACGCACCCACCGCCGGCGCCGUCCCCGGCGCUUGCCCCAAGAAUCGGCGACCCUACCCACUCCGCCGGCGCCUUCCCCAGGCAGCGGACGCCGACGCCGACGCCGCCGGCGCCUUCCCCAGGGGUGUACGUCUCUCGGUGCCGGUGCUUCCCCCACGCGGCGCAGCUUCCUGUCGACCGCGCCUCCCCAGGGGACGCAGGACUCGUGUCAUUCAAGCCCCCGCUCAGCGUUCCCCGCACCUUCGGCCGGGUGCUGGACCCCCGUGGAUCGGGCUUUCCCAAGCGAAUCGCGUGCUGCCCUCUACCUCGCCCCAUGAAUCCGGACCCCCUGCAAUCUGUCCAAGGAAGACAUGGCUGAUACAAGUGUGGAGUCACUUUCGGAGUACCAUGACAUUGUGAGCAAACAGUUUGUUAGCGAGGAAGAACGUUUUCGGUUCUAUAACACAUAUGACCUUCAGAAAGGGUUUAGUGUGCGGAAGAGCUAUGUUGAGUGGGAUGGUGGUAAUCAGGAGAUAUGUUUGAGGAAAAUGGUCUGUAGUCGUGAAGGAUUCCGUGAAGCGAAGCAUAUUAAUAGAGCAAACAAGAAAAGGAGGCCACGCAAUAUCAGCCGUGUUGGGUGCAAAGCCAAACUGGUAAUUGCACAAGAUAGGAAAACUGGGAAGUGGUUUGUGAAGGAUUUCAUCGAUGAGCACAGUCACCAAUUGGCCCCACCAGAUCUUGCUUGUCUACUGCGAUCGCACAGGAGAAUUAGAGAUGAGCAGAAAGCCGACAUUGCAGAGAUGGAAAUAUCAGGGAUCCGUAAGCAUCAAAUCAUGGAUAUAUUGGAAACACGGUAUGGUGGAUAUGACAAGGUCGGAUUCAUAGCAAGAGAUAUAUAUAAUUUCUGCUAUAGGUAUAACCAGGGAACAAUUGAUGCCGGUGAUACCAAAACGAUGAUCUCUCACUUGGGGGAGAGACAACAGAGGGAUCCUCAAUUUUUUUUAAGUAUCUGGUUGAUGUGGAGGGCCAUCUGAAGGGUCUUUUCUGGUCAGAUAGUCAAUCUCAGAUUGACUAUGCAGCGUUUGGUGAUGUUGUUAUAUUCGACAGCACAUAUAGGACCAAUAAAUAUAAUAUGCCGUUCGUUCCUUUUGUUGGGGUGAACCACCAUCGUAGCACUGUUGUUUUUGGAUGUGGGAUUAUUUCUCAUGAGACAUCUGAGGCAUAUGAGUGGAUGUUGCUAACACUUUCUCUUGCCAUGGGUCAGAAGCAUCCCAUAUCAGUUAUCACCAAUGGAGACCUUGCAAUGCAGAAAGCUAUAAGGGCGUUUUGGCCCAACUCGAAUCAUAGGUUGUGCGUGUUUCAUGUUGAGCAAAACAUAUCACGUCAUUUGCACAAUGAUGAGGUGAAGGCAAAAUUCAAGGGUUUACUAUAUGAUCGCUGCUCUGUAGAUGAGAUUGAAAUAAAAUGGGAACUAUUUUUAGUAAAGCAUAAAGUAAAGAGUGAGGAGUCAUGGUUGCAUCAGAUGUAUCAGAUGAGGAAACUAUGCUGUGAUGCAUAUCAGGUUGGUCAUUGUUUCUUAGGAAUGAGGAGUAACCAACGGAGUGAGAGACUAAACGCUAUGCUUCAUGAACACCUUGAUGGUAAAAUGACAUUGGUUUCCAUGCUACAACACUAUGAACGCAACCUUUCAGAUUUGCGAAGGAACGAGGCGGUCCUAGACAUUGUAGCACUGGAAACGGUUCCGUUCAUAGAGGCAAGUGCAUCUAUAUUUGAGAAAGACGCAGCACGGCUGUUCACCCCUACAGUCUUUGAUGUGGUGAAAUUUAGCAUACGUGAUGCAAGCGAGUGUAAUGUUAUGGAGGUACUUGAUGGUUGUGAUGCUACAUCAUACAUUGUUUAUAAGAAGGGUAGUAGAGGUGUGCUAUUCUAUGUGGAUGUUGAGAUGAAUGAGAGGUCAGUAAUUGGAAUUAGGUGUUCAUGCAGUAAGAUCGAAUGCUUUGGCACACCCUGUUCGCACAUUUUCCAUGUGUUAUCAUUUAUCCAAGCAGCUUGCCUUCCAAUAUGUUGUGUUCGUAGAAGGUGGACCACCAGUGCAAAAUAUGGACUGAAUACAACUAGGAAGAGCACCUUGUAUGAUUAUUCAGUCAACCUGGAUAGGUACCGUGAGUUACGGAAUCUGAGCCAUGCAGCCUCCUUUAGGGCAUCUCAAUCAAUAGAAUCAUACGAACGUCUGAAAAAGCUGUUGUCUGAAGAGGUUGCCACCAACGAUUUGGCUUGUGGCGACAAUGAUGGAGUGUGGUAUGGGCCGGUACUUCCCCAAACUCAGCAAUCAGAUUCAGACACAACUGGAAUGGUUUUGGAUCCAAUUCGAGUACCAGGACGUGGUGCGCCGAAGAAAAGACUGCAGGCCAUGCCGAUGAAGAAGAAAAGGUCAACAAAUAAAUGCGGUCACUGUAAUGGAGAGGGGCAUAAUCGGCGCACGUGCUCCAAAUUAAAAGAGAUUUGGCCUAGAUAACCAGGUCACUGGAAGCAUCCCAAUGUCAUUGUCCAAAAAGGUGCAGUGCUACAGCCAUGUAAUUUCUCUUUUUUCGUUCGCUUUUGUGAGAACCAUAUAGUCUUGUGUUCUUGUAUGAUCACUGAACUGACUCAAGGCCAUCUUAUUUCCACGACAUUGGAUGGUAAUCAGGUACAACCAAAAUUAUCAGGUGCUUUUGGUUCCCUCCCAGGACCUGGAAAAAUGUAAACUCUUGUCAGAUACUUGUUGGUUUAUUUCUUUCAAAAAAUUCUCUCCCAGUAAUAAUAUUUAAUAAAUAUGUAGUGUGUGCAAUCUACAAACUGUGAUUUGAAACCAAAGCAUAUUGAAAUUUCCUCAGCUAAGUAUGAUGUUUAAAUAUUUUUCAGUGCAGCACUAUGCUAAUAAGUUUCCACCGUUUCUGUCAUAACCCUGUGGAUUUUCGUGUGAUAGGUUGGAUAUAUGUUUGCUUCUGUUCACGUGGAGUUGGUGAAGCAACUUUCCAUCUUUCACUCUCUGAAGCUCCAGACCGUCCCUCUUUCGAUCAUGUGGUGUUCAGUCGUGAAAAUUGUAUCCUUUAUUUUCUUGAUAACAAUAAAAAUUGUAGCCUUUAUUUCUUGAUAACAAUGAAAUUGCUGCCUUUUGGGCUCGUGGACUUGGGGCUGUUGUAACCUUGGAAAUUGGUCAUGGCCUAAUCCAAUUGGGUUCCAGCCUUUCAGCGGGAGAUGGUUUGGUCUGGGCGCGUCUCAGUCGAGUGGUAAGGUAGCCAGGCAAGGACGGCCUUGAAAUUGAAUCCAAUAUGUUGAUAAUGCUACGCUGUGCAGACAACGACUGGUGUGUAGUCCAGUCUCUCGAUAUAUAAAAUAUCCGAAGGGCGUGCCAGCCCCUCUCGCGUCACUGGAUAUCUGGAUAGAAGGGCUAAUAAUUCCGUCCCAAGCUAGAGAGGAUCAUUCUGCCAGAGAUUUCCAACAAGUUCAGGCUGGCAUGAUCGUGCGUGUCCCAAAUCUGGAUUAUGUGGCCGUGGACGCACAAAUAAAGUGGUUCUCAUAGCACUGGAAUACAUCACGAGCAGUACAAGGGCCAAGAAAAAAAAAGCUAUCAAUCGCAGACAAUAGGAACCAUAAUGUAGCAGCAAAUAAGCUCGGCAACCACAAAUUUGUACAGCAAUUUGGGGUGCAACUAAUUCAGGGGCUAAUGCAUGACAUUAGGUUACAGAUGUGCCAUCAGAACAACGGCAUGCACCACUGAUCCAAAUAUAGCAAAUGCACAUAAUCAAAUUGAAGGAUGAAAAGUUUGCUGCAUUAUCCCUAGAAAAAUACAACCGUUUAACUUCAGAGAUAGAUCGAAGAAAAAUUCAAAACACACCAUACAGAAGUAGAACACAGACAAUACUAGUACAAGUAGUAGUUUGCAAAGAGCCGGACUGACAGAUUUAAGAAUAUUAUCAAAUGUGCCUAACAUCGAAAGUGUAGAAGCAUCCUUGAAAAAUAAAAA